AUGCUUUCACACAAUGCUACCAAUUUGUUGACAAAGCGAAUAUCAAACUAUGAUAUAGAAACCAAUACGCCCUUAUCGCGAACCGAAAACAAUCAUCAACGACCUAGUGUUGAAUUUUCGAAAUCAUUUCGUAAAUUGUUCACGACGGCAAAACAACGAAAAGAAACCGAGCUAACAAUGUUAUCUAAAAAGCUUGUCAAUGAGAGGGAAACAACUGAAACAAUAGCUAGUACUUCAAAUACUGCACGUAAUCAUGAUAUAUGUUUAUUUUCCGAUAGUCCACAUUAUAUCGUUCGAAUUGCUGGUACGGGAAAUACGGAUGAAUUCGAACAUCUUAUUCGUGACGAUCCAGCGAAAUUAAAAGUCGCUAAUCCAUCUGGUCUUUGUGCGGCUCAUAAUGCUGCUGCUAGAAAUCGAAAAAAGAAAUUUUUAACUCUAGAUUUGGAUAUUCAAGAUAAAGAUGGCUGGACACCGUUACAUCACGCUGUACGAAAUAACUCGUUAGAUGCGAUGGAAUUUCUUUUGGCCAAUGGAGCCGAUGAUGCUCGAUUGAACAAACAAGAAGAAGCACCGAUUCAUCUGGCUGUAGUUCAUAAUCAAUUAAAAGCUCUUGAACUACUUCUAAUCAAACGGCCAGAACAAGUUAAUCUUCGCGGUGAAAGAGGCAAAGCACCACUUCAUUAUGCUGCUUUAACUGAUAACAUUGAUGCAGCGAAAAUUCUUACAGAUCAUCGUGCUCGUCUUUGCCAACCAUGCACUGCGGGCAACUAUCCUAUUCAUAUGGCUGCACUGAAUAGUAGUAAUCGAGUACUUAAUCAUUUAUUUCUCAUCGCUAAAUCCUUGGGAUAUAAUGCUCAACAUCUUUUAAACUUUUGUGAUGCCGAAAAUCAUCGGGCGUUACAUUCAUCUGUCAUAGGCGGGAAUAUUGAAGCGGUUGAGAUUUGUCUUAAAAAUGGAGGUCAAAUUGAUGAUCAACAAGACGAUCUAUCGACGCCUGUUCAUCUGGCAUCAUCGCAAGGUUCAAUUGAGACUCUUAAAAUAAUGUUCAACUGUCAAUCAGAACUUAAAUCAAAAGUGAUUCGCAUGGCUGACAUUCAAGGCAUGACGCCUUUACAUAAGGCAGCUAUGGGCGAUCAUGUUGACGCUAUCGAACUUCUGCUUGAAGAAGGAGCGGAUAUUGACGCACGGGAUGUCUGUAAACGAACACCACUAUUAGUUGCCGCUUUAAAAUCAUCCGUACAAGCUGUUUGUUAUCUUUUGUCGAAAAAUGCAUCAAUAAUGUAUCGCGAUGAAGCUGAUCAAAAUUUACUUCAUUUUAUCAUAAUGCAAAAUUUACCUAUUGGCGCAAUUGGGAAUAUUUUAUUCACACGAGAGAACUAUCGACAGUUAUUCGACCAACGCGAUAAAGAUGGAUUCUAUCCGAUACAUUUUGCAUCGCGCCAAGGACAAGUAAAUGUAUUGAAAACAUUAAUAGCCCAUGGGGCAGAAAUAAAUAGACGAACAAAUCAACGACAAUCAUCGUUACAUUUUGCUGCUGAAUACGGCCGAUAUAAUACAUGCCGUCAAUUGUUGGAUACACCUGGUUUUAAACGUAUUCUAAAUGAACCUGACAAACAAGGCCUAACACCCCUUCAUCUCUGCUGUUCAAAUGGCCAUACGCGUGUGGUUCAAUUACUUAUACAUAAAGGAGCUCAAUUUACAAAAUGUUUCGAAGGAUUCACACCGUUACAUGUAGCAGCGAUUCAUGGACAUGUAACAACAAUGGAUACUAUUCUUCAAGGUCAUGCUCAUUUGAUUAAUUCAACGACUCGUCUUGGCGUGACACCACUGCAUUUAGCUGCUGCGGCCGGAUUCGCUGAAUGUGUUGAUUUACUUCUUUCGAAAUCUGCAAAAAUUUUGACAAAUCUUGAUGGUGAAACAUUUUUCGAUUUAGCAAUUAUGAAAAAACAGAAAGAUGUGUGCCUUACAAUCAUCACUCAUGAUCGAUGGAAAGAAGCAUUAGAUUUAAAAAGUACGAAAUAUCAAACACCGUUACUUGGCCUAAUUGAACAUCUACCUGAAUGCGUACCAGUUCUAUUCGAUCGAUGUAUAUCUCCUAGUCAUUCCGACAAGAAACACAAAGAUUUUCAUCUUACCUAUGAUUUUCAUUAUAUUAAUUGGAUGGAUAUAAAACAGAUUGAUGGCAAAGUAUAUCGCUACCCCAUGCUCCCAUUAAAUACGAUGGUUAAAUUCGGUCGUACAAAUCAUCUCAGCCAUCCUUUAUGCGAAACGUUACUUCGUCAAAAAUGGCUUUCAUAUGGUUUUCCAAUCUAUGCUCUUGAUUUAACAUUCUAUCUACUUUUUCUCUUUCUUCUCUCUCAUUUUAUUAUAACAUUUCCAUCAUGCAAUCAUGAUGAUCCAUCAAGUUGGCAUCAUUCGAAUGAUUCAUGUUCGAAGACUAAGUUUACAUCGUUUCGAGACAGUGCAACAGCGUUCCAAAUAAUUAGCAUCUGGUAUAUUGUUUUAUAUUGCUUUUAUAAUUUCUUUUUGGAAAUGAUUCAAAUAACACAUGAUGGCCGUGAAUAUUUUUAUGAUAUAGAAAAUUACGUACAAUGGAUAUUAUAUCUUACAACAAGUGUAUUCACUUUACCAUUUCUAUUCAAUCAAUCGUGGCAUUAUCAAUGGGUAGCAGCCUCGAUGAGUAUAUUUACUGCCUAUUUAGCACUUUUAUUUCUUCUCGGAAGAUUUUUCAUCUAUGGCAUAUAUGUAACAAUGUUUUUAGAAAUUAUGAAAACAUUAUUACAUGUUUUAUCGCUAUUUUCAAUAUUAAUAUUUGGUUUUGCAUUAACGUUUUGUGUUACAAGACCAUUUUCGAAGGAUCUUAAUGUAUCAAGUCCUCUUGAUUUAUUUAUGAUUGUUCUUAAAACUGUAACGAUGAUGUUAGGGGAACUCGAUUUCGAGCGUUCUUAUUUGGAUAAUCCUCAUGAACAACAUUUUGAUGUUACCAAUUUAAUAGUAUUACUUGUAUUUGCGAUUAUAAUGCCAAUUCUUCUAAUGAAUUUACUUGUCGGUUUAGCUAUUGGUGAUUUAAUGCAAAUUCAACAAAAUGCUCGUUUAAAACGUCUUGCUACUCAAGUUCAACUUCAUACGAAUCUUGAAAAGAAAUUGCCCAGUAAGUUAAUUCUACGGUGGGCAAAAACUGAACAUGUUGAAUAUAUGAAUAGAGGUAUUUGUCAUCGUUUUAAACAUAUGUGCAGAGAUUUGAUUGCGAAACCUGUUGAUACAAGUGCAGUGUUGAAUACCUAUGAAGAAAAUCUUACUGAAAAUGCAUUAUUUACAGAAUUAUUCAAACAAAACCGAAGACAAAAGGACAUGCAGCACCAAUUAGAAAAGAUUACGGAUCUUGUUCGAUUAGUUCUUCAAAAAAUGGAAAUUCAUACUGAAAUAGAAAGUGAUGAUGUAACCAGAGGUGGUCAAAUUGAAAAAAUAGCGAGAAUGCAAAAAUUCCGACAAACAUUCAAUAUUGCACGUCGAUUUUCCGGGAUACGGCCUCUCAAUGGAAAUGCUCCACAUCUAUUUAGUCAUCCUGAAGAAACAUAA